CUGGGUUUACAAACCUCUUGCUCAUAGUCAUACUCAUCAUAGUCAUACUCCUGCCCCGCGUCGGGGAAGCGUUAUGAAUGUAGCGAACAAGCUACGUUAGGCUUAGCAAAGAGAGUACAACACGGAAGAAGUCAGUGGAUCGGAACUGAGUCUGAAGUCAGACCAAGGCCGGUCAAGAAAGACAUUGAAGUGAAAAGGACCAAACAGACGAAGUCUCCAUGCUCUGUGCUGACUGUACUGUAGUCUGCGUUUAGUCUGGUGUUCGGUAUACCAUGGUAUAAGCUGCACAACCAAGUCUGCUGAUGAUCAGCGCGCAGCUAGCGCUUGAUGGUGAUGUUGUUUAUGCUACGAAGUGUAGUGACCAGCGCAGUUGUUACCUGCUGAGUCUCACUGAGCGGACUGGACGUAAGUUAGUUAUGAUUGAUUGGAAGGCACGAUACUAGUAAUACUACUGACUAGUUGUAGUGGAGCCGCAACCCGUUCUCAAGCAACACCCAAGCCCAAGUUCAGGAUGAUGCCGCCUCAACCUCAACUGCUAUUAUUGUAGUACUAGUGCCAGGAGACAUGGUACCAGUAGAGAGUUGCUUGCAACUAUUACUUUCUGCACGAAAACGAAUGCGAAGAUGUGAUCGUGUGUUUGCAGCAUAGAAAUGGAGUUGCUACCACAAGCAAGUAUUGGUAUCAGACAGAACUUACCUGAGGGCGAGCGGCGCUGGACCAAAGCGCUGUCACCGCUGUUUCUAACGACAAGUCUUGAUUUCUGCCUUGGUACGUCUAUUGCCAUCCUGGCGAUUCUGCUCUUAACGACUGCUGCUGUGGAAGACGAAGCACGAACGGGGGACAUUUCUUUGAAAGUGCCGCUCAGUCAUCGCCCUUACGUCCACGAGACUCGUGUGGGCGAGAAACUAGCGCAUGCGGGGAGCAGGUUGUUCCGAAGGUGGGUACUGAAUCCGUUUAAGUCAAUGCAGUCCGGAGCGUUAUGCACUGAAGCUGAAGUAUUGAAGCGAGGGCUUAAACUGAAUGAGGUAUUUCUGGAAAGGCAGCAGCUACACGUACGCACUGGGCUUCAGUGCCACCAGGACAUGGUCCGGAUUGCUAAAAAGUUCCUGAGUCUUGUCGAAAUAUUUCGAUGUGGCGACGAACACGAUAGCAGUGCGGCUAAGCACAGCGACACAGAAAUGCUGCUUGACUGCAUGCAUAGGAGAUGGCACGUCAUUGUGCAACAACACGAAUCCCCAUGUCAUCAUCACACAACACCCGGAGCAGCACCAAUGAAGGUUUCGCCAGUAUGUACACCGUCGUACGCAAACAUGCCCAUGCGCAGGUGUGAAUUCGUUGCACUACAGCUUGGUAUAACGUACAGAGAAAUGCCAGUAUGGUCGGAUACCCGCCACAUACGUUGGAUAAGCAGAACACGUGCCAUCUGGAAUAGAGAACAUUCUGUCGUAGUAACACACGGAUACGAAAUUCAACAGCUGGCGUGCAGCGUAGCCGGCGGCCCUUCUUUGAAGCGAACCAUCUGCAUUCGCUCACAUCUUGCUGGACCUGCCGAAGACUACAGGUGUAGAGCGUUACGUUGGUCGCUAACGUAUCUGGUAAGAAGCGCAUGCCUUCGCCACACACUUGCAAAAUCUGAAAUGGACCGUAUGGGGGUGAUCUCAAACUGUGUUUCUAAGAUGUCAAACCAGCAAAUACGCCGCUCCAAGAAGGCAUUGCUGUCAGCUAUUGGAAAACCUGUGAAAGGUUGCCUGGUUUCCAGGCUUGGUACUAAUGACACGAAACGGGACGUUGCUGGACCAUUCUCCGCCAGUGGUGUCUCAAGUUGGAUAGCAUCAGUACGUGGUUACCAGUUGCGUCGCAAUGCCCUUGAAAUAAAUCGUACCAUGUGUCAAUGCUCGGAACUCGUUUCCGCAUUGGUGUACUGCAAAGAGUAUGCUUCUGCAUGGCAUGAUGCAGGCGAAGUCUCACUCCCGACAUGUGAGCCGAAUCAGAAUUGGUGUGUACUAGAAUUUGGCCUAGCAGUUGAAGAGCUUGAAAUGUUCAAUGCGGGCGCCGGCAACACACCCCUGAAAGAAACAGUGACGUGUCAUCGUCUUUCUCUGUGCGUUUCCACCCUGGAUAGCUCAGCUCCUCAUCCAUUAAAACCGGAUAUGAUUCAUGAAACUCGUGAAUCAGGAAGAGGGCACAAUGUCCCGACAUUUGCCACAUCAAAUCAAGCCACUACAUCAGGUCACCGAAUACUUUGCUGCCUUCUUGCCGAAAUAUUUGUUCAGACGUUUCUGAUAGUUCUGAUAGUUCUGAUAGUUUGUGGAUUAGCUGUUGUUCGGCAUGGGCCAGGUGUGCCUGCCGUUCCUGUGAAGGUGGUUGAAAACCAUUGCUUUCCGAUGCCAUCUUCAAGAUCAGCGGUCAGCGGUAUUCCUCGCUAUGAUGUCAAUGAGAAAGAGAGUAUUCUGCGACCCCGCCAGCUUGAAGAACUGGGGUAUACGUGUCGUGGUGACAGGAAGGAUCACCAAUCUACCGCAAGUGCUGAGCCAAUCCCUACAGCCGGCACAAAUGGCUCGUCAACUGACAAGAAGUUGGAUGCUGAACGUAAUCAAACAGCGCGUUCUAGCGUUCAAGAUGAAUCAUCCAAAAACCUGGUCCGAAAGCGACGGCUUUUGUUCAAUGCACUAUCAAUGUCCAUUGUUAACCAACUCAGUGAUGCCAAGUCAUGCCUAACGGCUGUCCUUAACGAACUGGUGAAUCUGACAAAUGAACAGGAACGUUUGCGAUCUUACCGGCCACAAGAGGAUGCUGAAGUUCUGAGCAUGCCAUCACUUGCCAUCGUGCUGAUGAGCAUAGCUAAAGACCUGAGCCUUGCGGCGCAGAGUAAUGCCACUGUUGGAAAUCGUGAUGUGGUGCAAGAAGCUGCCUGCACCACUGGCGUUACGUCUGAGCUAAUGCAGACUAGCGACAUGUCCUCGCUGGAUGCAGUGCUCAAGGGCGUUGGGCGGCAGUUCAACGCCAAAUACCAGGAUGUCAUCAAGUGCUUGUAUCAGCUCGGUUUGGCACACAUGCGCGUCUCGCUGUCCAAGGCAUCGCACAGCGGCCAGGCCAGCUCGGAAGAAGUGCACUUGCACUCUAAGAAGGCAUGCGAGUACAUGCGUCACAUCGUGAGUGCAACGCGUGGCGACAGUGCGCUCUACUACUCGGCUCGGCUGACCAUUGCACAGUGCGAGACCAUACUGCAACGCUACGCUGACUCUCUGCAGUCCUACGAAGACAUCCUGGCGGAACUGAGCAGCGAUAACAGCUCUGAUGCUAUGUUCUACACGUGCGAAACACAUCUCGGCCGAGGCGAGAUCAAGCUACGCACACGUGAUCCACAAAAGGCUUUGAGCAUCUUCCAGAAGGCAUUCGACGUUGGUAAAGAGCUGAGAGUCGAGAGAGACCGGGACAACAUCAUGAUGAAGGCGCUGAACAAGAUUGCCGCUUGUUACCGUGAUCUAAACAAGAUGGACUUGUCCGUAAGAAGCUACACGGAAGCACUUGAGUACGCCGAGAGUAUCAUGCAUGAGGUAGGCAUCAGCACGGUUGCCGGUGCGUUGGGUUCAAUCUACGAAAGUAUGGGCAAUCCCAGCAAGGCCAGUGUGUACUUCAGCAAGCAGUAUGAGUCAGCCGUGAGGACCAGUGACUACUCCAUGAUCAGUCUGGCAGCUGGCAACCUGGGCAAUGCACUCGUGCAGCAGAAUGAUCUCAGUGACCUGCCCAAGGCUAAGGACCUGCUGAACAUUGCCCUCACCAGAGCAGAGCAAGUGGGAAACAUGAGUGAGGUAGGCCGGGCAACAUGCAGCAUUGGUAACAUGUUGUACGUCGAGAAGAACUAUGCCGAGGCGCUGAAGAUGUUCCGCAAAGCUUGCCAGCUCUCCAUUGAGUACAUGGACCGUGUUGGUCAACAGCGUGCGUGCAGCAACAUUGGCAAUGUGUACAUGGCUCUGGAGCAGCCCUCGCUGGCGCGCGACUGGUACGAACUUGCUAGAAACCUCAGUCCUCAGGUGGCAGAUGCGUCAACGGAAGCCAACACGUCGUACAACGUUGGCUGCUGCUACUUGUCAUUGCAUCUGAAUGAGCCUGGCAGCGAGGCUGGUCAGCGCUAUCUACUGCAAGCAGAGGAGAACUUCCACAAUGCCGUUAGCCUGUAUGAGGAUAUGCUUGCCUGUAUUGGAAGUAGCUCCUACAGUGAUCUCCUGAAGCUGUCACUGUUCCAGGGCUACGCCAGAGCGUUCCGCCAGCUGCAGUUCAUCUACUGUACACGUGGCCAGCACGAAGUGGCGCUGGAGAUGGCCGAGCGCAGUCAUGGCAUGACCUUCCCCGACAUGUCCAUGCAUCAGCUGGACAAUCAGACGGAGACGGCGCAGGCGAUCCCGACACCGCUCUCCUCAGCUGAGAUCAGCAUGCACGCCCAGCAGCAGACCUCCACCGUGCUCAUCUACUCCGUGUGCCACGAUCAGCUGCAGACCUGGGUGGUUGACCCGCGCACCGGGCAAAUCACGUUCCGCUGCAAAGUGGUUAACCCAACACAACAAUUGAUCAGCAGCUCCACUGCUACAGACAAGAUACUACACGCGCAGGUCAGCGAUGCCAUGGACAGUGUCAGCAGCUUGAACGACAUCGACAGUAGCUACACAAAUGACAUCGGAGUCUCCAUCGGUUUGGGUCGUCUCUUCGACGUACUGGUUGGUCAUGUCAAUGAUCUUCUGCCAAAGCCAUUCAUCGGCGAGGAGCUUGUCAUCGUGCCCUGCAGUGCACUGGCGGGAGCGUCGUUUGCAGCACUCUUUGACACCAAGUCUGGCCUCUACUUGUCUCAGAUGUAUGCGGUGCGAAUUCUACCCACGUGCCGAAUGCUUGGCAAGCCUGCAGAGCUUCCUAUCAAGAGGGUCUUCCAGCCAGAUGGGACUGCAAACGAGCUAGAGGACACCCGGCAGUUUGACGUGCUGGCAGUGGGCAAUCCUGACAUACCUGAGUUGGAGGUCGGCGGCAAGAAAUGGACACCGCCGAAGCUUCCGUAUGCACACCGGGAGGCCGUCAAUGUUGCGCAGCACUUUGGCUGUAAGCCGCUGCUCGCUGAAGAUGCACACAAGGAUGCUGUACUUGCAGAGCUGCCGCAUGCCAGACUGGUGCACUUUGCAACACACGGUCUCGACAGUGAGAGUUGCUUGCUGGUGUCGCAGUCCCAGAGCAGUACUGCCACCAGUGGAGAUGAACUGCUGCGCGACUGUUCUAUCACUGCAGCUGACUUGGAAACCAUACAGAUGAAGGCUGACCUGGUUGUGCUGAGUUCAUGCCAUAGCAGCAGCAGUAGUAACAUGGAGGGACUGAUGGGUCUCGGACGGGCCUUCUUGCUCGCCGGUGCACAGGCAGUAAUAGUAGGUCUCUGGGACAUCCCCGACGAAGCCACGGAGCUGCUGAUGAGGUGCUUCUACAACUUGGCCCGGCAGAAAGGCUGGACCAGCAGCUCGGCUAUGCAACACGCUAUGCACCAGGUGCGCUGCUUCGACCGCUUUGCGCUACCACGCUAUUGGGCUGGUUUUGAGAUAAUGGGAAGACAGGUAAUACUCAACUUUGAGCGCCCGCUCAAGGAUUACAACACGUACUGGGAUGCUGUGGUGCCACGGAGUCUGACACAGCAGCAGGCUUUGCCGUGCCUGCAUCUGAACAUCUUCAACGACGUCAUCCAGUGGCUGCACUCACCAACAUCUUCAACUGGAAUGUUGAUCAAUGGACCUGCGGCUACGGGCAAGACUGUGCUGGCCACUCAGAUUGCCAAGUACUUCACGUAUGCCUUUGUCGAGAGCCAUGUUGUUUGGCUGGACUUCAGCAAUGCAGCUAGCCUUCGUCAAUCUGCUCAGCUGGCGCUAAAACAAUGGCAUGAAGUCAACUCACUGCCAAGCAGUACUGCUGCUUCUGCUCCAUAUGCAUUUGCUAUGGCGACUGGUAGUGGAGGUGGUGGCAGUGAUGACAGCUCUUCCAAAAACAGUCUGGCACAGCUUCUGCAAGCAAUGGGCCAGUCUUCCUUUGCUUAUCUGCUUAUACUCGACGGUCUAGAUGAACUGAGCCUACUGCAGUGCUCAACAGAGGUCAUGAGCUUUAUCAGCAACAGUGUUGUGGGUGCUCUCCCUCCACGCUUGCUUGCAACAUCGAGAUCACCUCUGCUGAUUGACAUGGGUGACCUGUGUGAUUUCCAUCAAGUCACCACAUCACUCCUGUCCAGUGAAGACAGCCUGCUGGCAAUGCUACAGCUGACCGCAGAGGCCAAUCCAUCGCCCAUGCUAAAUGAAUGUGAUGCAUACCAUCUAUCUGAGCUGUGCCAGAAGUACCUAUCUGGCGGUUACCCGUUAAUGGCCGACCAGCUAGCAGACCGUGUCGGCCUGUAUCCCAGCUGUUCAUUCACUACUCUCAAACAGAGCUUGGACAAAGCUGCUGGUGCUGCUGCUGCUGCUGCUGUCACAAGCAAGGAGGAGGGCAUUGGUCAUCGCAACAGUGGACUAGCAGCCCUGCAGGAUAUCUUUGCUGAGAACUCACCUGUGCCCAGGGUUAGUGUGUAUCGUGGACUGGACCCAGAUCAUCUUAGGCAGGUCAACAUGCCAGAAAUAGACGACGGAUCAGACUCUGGCCUGUCCAGUACUGCUCCUGGCGAGCCAAGCUUCUCACUUACGUAUCUUUUAUCAACUAAAGCAAAUACUGGCCAAGAUGCUGGCUAUGAUGUUGAUGAGUAUGCCGGUAGUGACGUCGACACGGAUGUGGAUGUGGGAGACCUUCUCCGCUGCUUGAUUCACGCCACUUGUCCGGUGCGCCUGCCUUUGCUGUUCAUAGCCAGACAGGCUUCCAAACUGGUUUACAACAACCCUGAUGCCAUAUUCAAAGUAUCUGAGGCCGGUGGUGCAGUUGGCCACGGAGCAGCCUUGGACAACGCGGACAGCAUGGAGCUAUUGCUGGAUGCUGGACAGGAGGUGGGAUGCAUCGACGAACCCGACUGCGCGUUUCCAUCAGUCACACAGAAGUUAGCUCAGCUCGAUCGUCACGGCUUCAACAAGGGUGCAGACGCCAUGUCUAGCACAGCGUACAACAGGAAUACGAGCAUGGAUCAAGAGUACUUGACACUGGAUGGACUGCAUGGCUGGCUGUCCUUGCUGGACGUGAUCGGAAUCGAUCGAGUGGAACCCACGGACACUGUAGACGAGCCUAUUCCAGAGUCUAAACUCGCUUGGCACAAGCAGAAUGUGUCCUACUCGUAUGCAACCAUCCAUGCCCUUGAAGCAAUGCAUGUAGCCGAGGAAGAGGUGAAGCGGCGGAUGACGGAGUGUGCCAAGGCCAUCACUGAUUUCCUGAAUGACCGGCUCACAUGUAGCUUUGAGCUGACCACGGUUGAAACAAUGAUCGAAGCAGGUCUACACAUCGGCAGGCAGGUCCUUCGAAAAGGUCUGGAAUUUGAUCGUGAUUCAGCAGACGUCAUCAGAGCAAUGCUGAACAGCUCACUGAUAGCACUGCUUGGUAUCGACGAACAUGAAGGACGCUUCAUUGAGUGCUUGGAGGUGCAGACAAUGGUCAACGAACACUUCAGCAGCUGCGUUGUGUAUCCGACUCUGGCAGUGACAGCGAAUACAAAAGCAGAGUCCGCGAACCGCAAGUCCGAGGCACUAAUACCCCUUGCUGAACAGGAGUCCAUGGAUCGGUUACUACACAGCAUGUUUGUCAUCAACAAGUGGCCCGGGGAUAUGACCGACUUGAAGCCGGGUAGCAUGCGCUUUGCAGCCGACCAUCAUCUGGUCGUGGUUUCAUCGCCGAUGUCCGGUCCUGGAAAAUACACGCUGGAUGAGUUCGGAGCUGACACGGAGCACUUUUCCGUAGCUACUGGAGUGCAGAGAGCACCAUUCACAGGAUUUGAGGUGCUGUCUGAUGCUGGUGAAGGAAGAGAGAAGGGUCACGUCUGGAUGGAGGAAGUAUUUCGCUUGCUAUAUGGCUUGAUCUGCUUGCAUGGCAAGUCAAGUCCUGUGUGCCGGGGGAUGUGGAGCAUUGAUGAAAGUGGCAUAGUGCAACAGGGACGAGCAUUGUCAAUUCUUGUCAUUGACUGCGGUGCUAUGCAAGCUAAGGCACUUCCGAAAGCAAGAGUUGCUGGCGAGGAGAAGGAGAUCACUGAAGAUGUACGCAAUCUCGGGAGUUUAAUGGUACGGCAGCUUCAGACACAUGUGGCGUCCUCGCUCAAGCUGCAGAGUUUUGUCAAGCGCUGCAACGGCUUUGAGAGCGGAAGCGUUGCUGCUCUUUGGGAGCUGAGCCGUGGAUUCACUGAGUGGACACUUCCCUGUGGACCGACUGCUGUCUGAUUUGUUUCCUGCUUGGUAGGUAGUGUCACCGCUGUACGCUGUUCUUGCAUAACCUAAAGUUUGCCUUGAGAUGUGUGUGUGUCGGUUUAGCUAUGCUGACACACACAUACACACGCACGCGCGCGCACACACACAAACACACACAAAAACACCACACACAAACACACAACACACACACAUGCACACACACCAUGUUGGCUUUUUAUAGCAUUUGCGUUUCUCCUUGAAUUUCAACUGUGUGAGAUAUUGGCUUUUUAUAGCAUUUGCGUUUCUCCUUGAAUUUCAACUGUGUGAGAUAUUUAAUUGUUCCUUGAAAAUAGGUGAGGUGAGAAAUCUCCCGUUUGCACUAAGCAAGCCCAUGCUCCAUUCAUAGCUUAACGCCGAGUGCUUUUCACUAUCUUGGCAUGUGUAGUUGUAGUAGUACCUUUACCUGUUCACCUGGCUGCAGAGUGCCAUAUUGCAGCUCAGUGGCUGGGCAUUGCUUUCCAGUCCAUUGUGAGCGGAGGCUUGAGAUAUUCUCUCUUUAUGACACAACCUGCUCUGCAACUAGCCUUACUCUGACAGCUUCAUAUCGAUAAUUAAUGCAGUCUGGUUCAGCUCAUACUUAUCAUUAAGCUGGUGUGACGUGUCUUGCUGUCCUUUCAAUGGUUUAAUGAUCAAUUACUAAUUAUCUACUAGGGGGACUGAACAGAAAAAAAUAUUAUCUUAUUCGAAUACUUUACCACUUCUUUCACAUAAGUGUUGAUAGCAUACGGCGCCACUUCACCGAGAA